CAAACAUUUUAGAAAAUAAAAAGAUCUACAGAAUAAAGCUAUAAGAAAAAAACAUGCAUCUCACAUUCUAUACACACAAAAAAAAAAUCUAUACAUCUUAGAUAUACAGAUGGAUCUCUAUGAUAAAAAAAUAUAUAAUUUUCUGCAUGAAUAUCAACCUCUAGGGGAAAAAAAAAGACUCUAUUAAACCUAAGAAAUUAAAAGGUCAAAAUAUCAAAAAAAAAAAAAACAUCAAUACCUCCAACAGCAUUUGACUCAAAUCCAGAACCAAACGCGGCAAACAAGCUCUGGCCCCAGAGACCUAUGACAACCGGACAACCCUGAAAGCACAUAUAAAGCCAUCGUAAAAUAAAUCCGCGGCCUGUGCAUCCACCCAAGCGUAGUAGGACCCCCGUUUAACGCGCCCGCGGUGCACCGACAUUAGACGCUUCCGUGGUUAAAAAGCAAGGCUUCUGCCCCACGCGAAGCCGGCCUUCACCAUCUAACAAGCCGCGUUCUCUCAAACAUAUCCCAACCUUUGUCUAUCAACAACCCGCUGCCAACCCACAUCCAUUCUCCCAUCACCCGCUAUGCAUAUACAAACCCAACCCAUCCCCCCUCUUCCCUUCCUCACUCCGACACACCAACUUCAUCCUCUCUCUUCCUUCAAUCUAAUACCAGCAGUACUUCUGUUAUCUCUAUACCAUUUCUUCUACUAGUGCUAUCAUGGCAUCAGUACUGUUUCUUCUCUUAGCAUGCUAUUUGAUGGCCAUUGCCUCGGCUGGAAACUUCUACCAAGAAUUUGACAUCACUUGGGGUGAUGGGCGUGGGAAGAUCCUCGACAAUGGCCAGCUCCUCACUCUCUCCCUCGACAAAGCCUCCGGUUCUGGCUUCCAGUCCAAGAACGAGUAUCUCUUUGGCGAAAUUGACAUGCAGCUCAAGCUCGUCCCUGGGAACUCCGCUGGCACCGUCACUGCCUACUAUCUGUCUUCACAAGGACCAAGUCAUGAUGAGAUCGACUUCGAGUUCCUCGGAAACCUCAGUGGAGACCCUUACACGCUCCACACCAAUGUGUUCACCCAGGGGAAGGGGAACAGAGAGAUGCAGUUCCACCUCUGGUUCGAUCCCACCAGGGACUUCCACACCUACUCCAUCCUCUGGAACCCCAGACACGUUAUCUUCAUGGUUGAUGGCAUACCGAUCAGAGAUUUCAAGAACCUGGAAUCGAGGGGCAUUGCGUUUCCGAAGAGCCAGCCCAUGGGGAUCUACUCCAGCCUUUGGAAUGCUGAUGACUGGGCUACACAAGGCGGGCGCGUCAAGACCGACUGGACGAAAGCUCCCUUCACUGCCUCGUACAGAAAUUUCAAUGCUGAUGCCUGCAUCUGGUCCUCUGGUACCUCCAAUUGUCCUUCACAGAAAUCUGACAAUGCUGGCUGGUGGAACCAGGAGCUUGAUUCCACAAGCCAAGAGAGGAUGAGAUGGGCGCAGCAGAACUACAUGAUCUACAACUACUGCAAUGACCUCAAACGGUUCCCUCAGGGCCUGCCUCCAGAGUGCUUCAUAGCCUGAAAGAGGGGAGAGAAACAGUGAACGAGUUCCGUUAUUCUUUGAUUCAUUCAUUCUUCUACAAGAUGUUUACACAUAUAUACUUCGUUGUCAUUCUUGUUAAAAGGCACAGGACGCAAUUUAUAGAAUUAUGUUCUCCAUGUAAUAUGAUACGAUGAAUUAAAAUAAAAAAGCACCAGGCUGAGUAUUGUUUAAUCGUUCAGCUGAACUUGAAAGGA